CUUAACCUGCGCCCCCUGUCACCACAUAAUUUCGCUGAAUUUGCUGGCUGGCAAUCGAUUCACAUCUUGUAUUGAUCCCCGCCGUGUAAAUACGUUGACGCUGGUGCAUGCCCGUGCACGCUAUAAUAGGAGCUGGAAUUGAGUUCAUUUUGGUGGGAAAUUUAGGGUUUGGCUGUGUUGAUCGAUAAGGGCGGAAGUUGAGAUGUUGACUGCUGAUGCAGAGGAGAGAUCGUCGGGGAUUGUGGAUGAGAUGUUUGGCGCGGAGGAUGAAUGCGACGACGUUUACAUCGACCUCGAUCAUUUCUGGGAAGUUAUGGGAGCUCCGGAUUCGCCUUCGCAGGGUAAUAUAGUGGAAGAUCUAUCUUCUAUUGAUGUUCAACAAGAUUCUAGGACUGGAAGUUCAGAUGGAAUCUCAGAAUCCGCAGGGACUUCUUCUGCAAUUUUGGGUGCUGGAAUGCGAGAACCUUCUUCUCAGUUUGGUAUUGUUGAUCACAACUCCUCCAGAACUGUCACUGACGAUAUACCUUUCCAAGAAAAUGGCAUUUCUUAUAGUUGUGUGGUUGGUCGCCCCCAAACUCCAUCAUCAUACAGCCAAAAUGAUGGAGGCAGAGCUCCAUCUGGGAUGACCAACCAAAGUGACCCAUUGUGUUCUUAUAGUAUGGGUCAUGUUACUAAUGAUGGAGAGUCUUCUGCUGAUAUUCUCAUGAAUCAUGAUAAGGAUCUGAUUGGAUUCUCUAUGCUAGAUUUUCACUUAGAUUACAAGGAGGAUGUCUCAGUUACUGAUCGAGAUGGGAUUUCUCUGGACGUCUCCCAUACUGAGUCUGGUUCUUGUGAAAUUAAUGCGGCCGACAUUCCAUAUUUUACUCCCGAAAAUGGUGGCAUGCACCUUUUUGGCUCAGAUGGUCUAUCCUAUGUUUCUCUUCGCUCUGGCUUUCAAUCCUUGGAUUGUGAUGGAGGUAGGACGGAUAAUAUUGUGGUUGAAGGAGAAAAUUUUAGUGACGGUUUCAUUCAUGGAAUGCCUUAUGUGGAUGUGGCUGCUUCCCAAGUUGGAUUCAACUAUUCUAGUGACAUGAGUACAUUGCAGGAUGAGUCAAAAAAUAUUUCUCCUGCUUCUUUGUCAUGCAUUUUCAGCAAAUCCUGGGGUGAUACCAAGAUCAGGAAAAAUGUGGAAUCAUUUACAUCUAAUGAUUUCAUUUCUAGGGCAUCUAAAUUAGUUGACAUAGCCCGCAGGAAAUAUCAUGGGGAUGCAAGUAAGCAGCCCUCUGUAAAAAACAUACAAUGGUCUUCAUCUGGUUCCUUCUCUUCGACUCCAUGUGAGAACUAUGUUUCCUGCAAAAAGGAAGAAAAUGAGGACAUACUUUUGAAUAGUGAUUUCCUUCAUCGGGGUAUGGUUGAUCAGACUAACACCCAAAAAUUAGCUAUUGGUGCUCAGGAUGGUAACUCUGCUCUUCUGGUGUCAUGUCAAACUGGCAUAUGGCCAUUAGCUUCAGUCAAGGCAGAAAUGAAUUUUCAAAAAACGGAAAAUAAGGCCCCAGAGUUCAACAAUUUUUAUCUUCCUAACACCAAUUACCAAAGGGUUCAAAGUAACACGAUAGAGCCUAUUAAUCUCGAUGAUGACUCCGAUCUUUGUAUUCUUGAGGAUAUGAGUACACCAGCAGUAGCCUCAAUGCCUGUUACAUUGAAUGGAAAGUCAUUUGCUGCUUCACAAUAUUCAACAUCUAUAGAGCAUGUUGACCAGAUGACAAUGGGGCAUUCAAGGCUUAGACCAAAUGAUGAACGGGUUAUUUUUCAAGUUGCCAUGCAGGAUCUCUCUCAGCCAACAUCAGAAGCUCUUCCACCUGAUGGUUUGGCUGUGACUCUGCUGAAACACCAGCGAAUUGCUUUAUCCUGGAUGGUUAACAAAGAGACGGAAGGUACAUGUUGUUCUGGUGGGAUUCUUGCGGAUGAUCAGGGACUUGGGAAGACAGUGUCAACUAUUGCAUUGAUACUAAAAGAGAGGUCACCUUCUUCCAAAGCACCGACAGCUAAUAUGAAACAAUGUCAAAUGGAGAUGUGUGAUCUGGACGAGGACAAUGGAACUUCUGAUACUUACCAUGUGGAGGAUACUUGUGAGGUUAAUGGUUACAAGACUAACAUACAAGCAAAGGGUAGACCACCUGCUGGCACCCUUAUUGUAUGUCCUACAAGUGUUCUCCGGCAGUGGUCUGAAGAGUUGUUCAACAAAGUAACUAGAGAAGCCGAUCUUUCUGUUCUAAUCUACCAUGGAGGCAACCGUAUAAAGGAUCCUAUUGAGCUUGCUAAGUAUGAUGUGGUGAUUACAACAUAUGCUAUUGUUAGCAUGGAGGUGCCAAAGCAGCCUGCUGUUGAUGAGAAUGAUGAUCAAUUUGGUACCCCCUUUCAAGGAUGCUCAUCUAGUAAAAAGAGGAAGGCACUUGAAACUGCGUCUUCUAAGAAGUCAGCUAGGAGUAAGAAGAGUACGAAACAAAUUGACAACGAAUUAUUUGAAACUCUAUCUGGCCCUCUUGCCAAGGUUGGAUGGUAUAGGGUUGUAUUGGAUGAGGCUCAAACCAUUAAAAACCACAGGACUCAAGUAGCUAGGGCUUGCUGGGGACUUCGUGCUAAGCGUAGGUGGUGCUUAUCUGGGACACCAAUUCAGAAUGCGAUAGAUGAUCUAUAUAGCUACUUUAGAUUUCUCAGGCACGAACCUUAUGCUACUUUUACAACUUUCCGCGAACAUCUUAAGUCACCAAUCAAUAGGAAUCCGAAGGUUGGGUACAAAAAACUGCAAGCAGUGCUGAAGACUAUCAUGUUGCGUCGAACGAAAGGUACUUAUAUUGAUGGAGAACCAAUUAUUGAUCUUCCACCGAAAACUAUAGAAUUGAAAAGGGUUGAUUUCUCCAUGGAGGAGCGCGAUUUCUAUUGCAGACUUGAGGCUGAUUCACAGGCGCAAUUUGCAGAAUAUGCAAAAGCAGGGACAGUCAAACAGAACUAUGUGAACAUAUUAUUAAUGCUUCUGCGGCUUCGACAGGCUUGUGACCACCCUCUUCUUGUUAGGGGGUUUGGUUCUACUUCACAAAGGAGUUCCUCCGUGGAGAUGGCUAAGAAUUUUCCCCGGGAGAAAAGCAUCUUCCUGCUGAAUUGUUUGGAAGGCUCUUUAGCAAUUUGCGGGAUAUGCAGUGAUCCACCUGAAGAUGCUGUAGUAACUGCCUGCGGGCAUGUCUUUUGUAACCAGUGCAUUUGUGAGCAUAUGAUUGGUGAUGACACCCAAUGUCCCAAAAAGAAUUGCAAAACUCGCCUUACUUCUUCACACAUAUUUUCUAUCACCACACUAAGGGGUGCUAUAUCGAAUAACCCAAAUCCAGAAAAUAAUCACACCUUGAACUGCUCUGAUUCCAAGCUUGCAAAAGUUUCGGAAUCUUGUUCUUCAAGCUAUCCAGAAGGUUCAUCCAAAAUCAAAGCUGCUCUGGAGCUCUUGACAUCUUUGUCUAAGCCACACGAUCCUGCCUUGAAACCUACAGAAGGAUAUUCAGAUUUGUUGCAUGGUUACAAUUCAGUGGGAAAGAAUCGAACUCCAGACAUAAAAGCUGUGGGAGAAAAGGCAAUUGUGUUCUCCCAGUGGACACGGAUGUUGGAUUUGCUUGAAGAUUAUUUGAAAAGUUCGUCCAUCCAAUACCGCAGACUUGACGGAACAAUGCCUAUUUCUGCCAGAGACAAUGCAGUGAGAGAUUUCAAAAGCCUUCCCCAGGUCACUGUCAUGAUCAUGUCUCUGAAAGCCGCUAGCCUGGGACUGAACAUGGUGGCUGCUUGCCACGUCAUCCUCCUAGACCUCUGGUGGAACCCGACGACUGAAGAUCAAGCUAUAGAUAGAGCACAUCGUAUUGGACAGACACGCCCUGUCUCAGUUUAUCGGCUGACUGUGAAGGAUACAGUAGAAGAUCGCAUUUUGGCCUUGCAGGAAAGGAAGAGAGCGAUGGUUGCAUCUGCCUUCGGCGAGGACGAGACGGGCAGUCGACAGACUCGGCUCACUGUGGAAGAUUUGGAGUACCUAUUCAGGGUUGAUUGAGACUUUUUCUGACUGAAUAUUCUUUCACAUGCUAGCAUUUUACAGCAUUUUUGUAAAGCUUAGUGCCAUUACAAAUCUCUCUCUCUCUCUCUCUCUCUCACACACGCACACACACUCACUCACUCACACAGUUGGCAUUUAUGCGGAAACAGCUUGUAAUUUAUGAAUGACUUGUUUUUCUAACAAGUUCAAUGUAGAGUAAAUUGUUCCACAAAAAAAAA